AUUCCGUUCGCAGUUGUCAAAUUGUCAAAAAGGAGUUUACAGUCUUUGGAUGUCGAAAAGGUGCUUUUUAACUCCACUCGAAAUGUUCUAACGCCGAUGAUGAUGCCGUGAGAUUUUGAUUUGUCACAAUCGGACCUGAAUCCACCCGCUUGCUCGGUUCUACAUACUUGGCUCUCCCCGCUUUUCUUCUUCUUUCCAGUACUGUUAAUGUGACGUUUGUUGAUAUCAUCAUCUGAGAAAUUUGCAUACAACAACUUAUCAACACCGUUCUGCUUGAAAUAUUAGAGAAUAUCGUUCAAAAUGACCGCCGGCAAGAAAUGGAUUCUCACAGGCCAGGAAGGUUAUGAUACCUCCCUUCAACUGGUCGACUCGGACAUUUCGACCGACCAGCUGGGACCGGAUGACGUGCUAGUCCAGCUUCAAGCUGCCAGUCUCAACUAUCGUGAUUUGGUCAUUGCCAAAAGCGAUGGCGGAGUAACCGGCUCCAUCACCCCUAACGUCGUCCCUGGCUCCGACGGCGCGGGCAUGGUCGUCGCCGUUGGGUCCUCCGUGACUGGUCUCAGCCCAGGCGACAGAGUCAUCACUUACCUCGCCCCAACCCUCCCACCAUCAGAUGAAACCGCUCUCCCAGGCGCCGCCGAAAUCUUCGCUGGUCUUGGGCAGAGGGUGGACGGUACCCUCGCCAACCAGAUGCUCAUCACCCAGCAUGGCGUCAUCAAGGGCCCUUCCAACCUGACGCCCGUCCAAGCCGCUACACUGACCUGCAGCGGUUUGACAGCCUGGAAUGCCCUCUUUGGAGUCUCUGGGAGAGAGAUCAAAAAGGGUGACUGGGUUCUUGUUCAGGGAACUGGCGGUGUUAGUAUCGCCGCUUUGCAGUUUGCUGUUGCUGUUGGGGCGAAUGUCAUCGCUACUACUUCUUCUGAAGAGAAGGCGGAGAGGCUGAAGGAGUUGGGGGCGAGGCAUGUCAUUAACUAUAAGGAGACGGAAGACUGGGGUGAGGCGGCCAAGAAGUACACUCCUGGUGAGAAGGGCGUGGAUAUGGUGGUGGAUGUUGCUGGAAACUCUUCUUUGGUGCAGUCGCUGGCGGCUGUGCGGACAGAUGGGAUUAUUUGCUUGGUUGGAUUGCUUGGCAAGUUCGAUGCUGGUACAAUCCCGAUGAUGUCUGCGCUCUGGAGGCCUUGUAUCGUCCGGGGUGUGCUAUUGGGUAGCAGGAAGCAGUACAGGAAUUUGGUCCGGUUUGUGGAGGAGAAGGCGGUUGUACCGGUGAUGGAUGAUGUCGUGUUCGGAUUAGAAGACGUCAAGGAGGCGUACAAGAGAAUGGAGGAGCAGAAGCAUUUUAGCAAGAUUGUUAUCAAGAUUGAGGAGUAGUGCUUGGGUACCUAUAGAGUUGUUAUCUGAAUCUCCCUACAACGAACAUUGCUGAAUGUUGUUGGUUUGGCAAUUUCCCGAUGGAUUGUGAAGCUGGAGCCGGC